AUGCUCCGGGUUGCACGCAUCGUUGUGGGGCUAGAUGCGAAUGUGGACAGUCCGCGCGUAACCGAGUGGCUUCAAGCGGUCCGCCCAAACACUCUGAUACACGCCAUUUGGAACACGGGAGCUCGCGAGUCGGAGCGGACAGCUACUAUUUGGCCUAUGCCCUCCUCGGGGAAGCUGGAGGCCCGGUUUGCUCCGAUCAUUAACCAGAUUCUCGACGAGGUGGAGGCUGGACAGAACAUUUGGGGCUUUGGAGUGGUGAACAGAUUGGCGGAGCCGCUGGAUAAAGCCAACGACCUUAGCGAGGCGAAUGAUAUCCUUCCCACGAAGGACUGCCUGAAGGUUCGCGACCAAGCCAAGCACUGCGUCGUGUUUGCAUACCGCCUGCUGGCUGAGAUGCUCCAGAUCGACCCCAAGGAUUUCGACCGUCUGCAACUCGGAGCUUCUUACCACGUGUCUGAGAAGAACCUCCAAGCUGCUUACUCCAAACUGAUCGAGUCAAACCUCUACACAGCAAAGCUUCGAUACGAGAUAAAGCAGAAGGUGAAAAAAGACGAGAACGGCCAGCUGAAGAUGACGGAGGCAUUGAACCGCAACGUGGUUAAGUCAAUCCUCGAGAAGGGUUUAGGGCUGAAGUUCGUGAAGGUGGCGGGGAAAAAGAGCAACAACAACGCCGUCGACCUGAUUGUCAUCACGUGUGGCGAUACGUACAGACCGCUGUCCAUCUUGUCUAACCUGCGCUUCGAUCUUGGAGAGGGCGGUGACGAUCUGGAUCUCGAGGUUCACUGCUUUGACGGUCAUAAGAAGAGCACGCUCUUCCAUGCUAGCAAGUUCGACCAGAUAGUCACCCUCCUCGAUGGCGCAAGGGCGGUAGACCUCCGCCCUGAGUGCGCGGGGCUCGUGGCCGAUUUCUUCGGGAUCGAGGGCCCUAAGGUCGUGGAUGAAUUCAAGCACCUGAUAAUCCAUGGGGAAGGCCUGGUUGUAUUCCCGAGAUACAACUACCAAUUUGAGGGAACUGGCCAGCGCCCAACAUCGGUCACCUGUGCACGAGGCCUCGGGACCAUCAUCAAUCUCCUGCCGGGCAAGAGGGCUGCUCAGUUCCGCCUCAAAUGCGCCGACGUCGUCGUGCGUUAUUUUGGUGGGGACGAGACCCUCGUGGGAGAGAUCAGGCUCAACAGGGAGGCGCAGAGUCAGCUGCCAAAGGAGCAUCCAUCCCGCGUCUUCGGCGAGAUCGUGGAGGCCGAGGGCAAGAAGGCGGAUCCCGAGGAGCUCGACCUGAUGAAGAAGAUCAAGAGGCAGAAGCUCGAGACCGAGCGACAGAAGUUGGAGAACAAGCGAGAGAGGUUGGAGAAUGAGCUGGCAGCCGAGAAUGUGACGUUUGGGCUAUGGUUAAGUGUAACCACUCAAACCCACAAAUCUAAACGACGCUCACCCAUUCAAUGGGUACGCGACGCGUGUCAAUCUAAGUCCACUAUCAAUUAG